UAACUCAGAUAACUGCACUAAUGCUGAGAUUCUCAAUCAAGACUCAUCUUAUAAAAUAUUUUGUAAAAUUCACACAAAACGUUGAGAAUUUCAAAUGAGUCAAACAAUCGCAAAAAAUUUCAGAAACUUCAUUUGUUCUUUCAGACGCACUAUCAAGAAAAAUUUUGGAGCAACUUUUUCACUAUCCAAUUCCAGUUUCAAAUACCAACGCUCUAUAUCCCAGCCACUAUUACAUUUUUUGAAAACUGUGAAAUAGAUGGAAUUUUUUCAACAGAUAGAAGAUAAAAAUUGCUUUGCUAGGUGUAAUUUUUCACGCUCUUUCUCGUGGUAUGCUUUUCAGUGAGUUAAAGUGUGAUUUUUUUGUUCCGAAAUUUGGAAUUUUCGAAGUUGUGAAUUGUAUGCAUUGCAACUCGACUUUCGAACCAAAAUUUCAAAAUUUUUUAAAAAUCUUUUUGCCAGUAGAGAGCUGCCACUCUUCUACAUCAGUUGGUGUGUUUCUCAAAAAAAAUUUACGGGAAAUCUGGCGAAAAAUUCGAAAAAACUCCAAGUGGUCUUAUAUUUUUAGCCACCGAAAAACGGUCUCUUUUUUUUCAAACUUUUUUUGCGUGAUAACCAUGUAAUAUUCGAACAUUAUUUUUAAUAGAUUUUGAAAGAGGACAAAAUCUAUAUCCUAGAGUAAAACCGAGCACAGUAUGUCUUCUAGUCAAGGAGAAAAAUAAGCGGAAAACCAAACAACCAAGGUGAAUCUAUAAUUUUGGCCACUACUGUAUAAAAGCAUCACUUACCAUAUAAAACUAAAUUAUCUUUCACUUUCCUCAACCGCUCGGUGCUUAUCUAUGACUUCAGAAAAUUCUUCAUCCGAGAUACUGCGAAAUAAUGUUCUAAGAGAGAAAGGGGGCUCAUAGGCUACUCGAUUAUGGAUGUCUAAAACUUCCUAGUUUUCAAGUAAGAACUAUUUUUCUCGAUACAGGAACACUUGUAAGAGAAAAUAAGGUCAUAUUCGGAUUCAGCACGACGAAAAUUGACGAAAAUUGACUUUUUUGAUAGAAAGAGUUCUUUUAAAAGAAAUUCAGGCGCUUAGAAAUGCAGUAUAACUUAGUGAAAGAAAAAGAUGUCUUCUGAGUAUCCAUAAACUAAUCAUCUAAUUAGGAUUUUAAUGUAGCUCAGUAAUCUGUUCUGAACUUGAAUCAAUAAUCAAAACAUAUUGGAUCACACGUCAAAAACAUAUAUGCAACAGAUAUGCCAUUUGGCUAUCUGUAGUGAUUCUAGAGAGAACAACAUUUUUUCUAGAAUUGCCUAUUUCCCAUGCCAUUGUUUGUGCUAAUAGAAAAUGCUUCAAUCAUAUUAUACUUGAAAUGUUCUCCAAUUUCAUUCACACUUACCUUUCCUUCGCCCUCUAGUUUCACCAUUAUUCAGAAUUAGACGAAUGUCUUAUAUGUUCAGUUCUAUAGUUCUUGUCCUUUGCAAAAAUAUUUUUUCAGUUCCUCAAUGUCGUGCAAUGUGUCAACAGACAAAAUUUGAAUUCUAUGGUAGUCAAAACUACAGUUUUCAUGUGUUUUUCGAAGCUUGCAAAGGCAGUGUAACGAAUUACUUUUUGUUGCACUACUGGUCUACCUAUGGUUGACAUGUUAUAAUAAAAAGACUACGUGAUUGAUUAACCAACAGUUAAGCUCUCAUGAUAUUUGAGAAAUGCCUUAUAAAACCAUAUACAUAUAUUUUGCCGGAACUUUCAACUUCUUUGAACUCAUUCACGUGCUCAAGAGCAUGAAUUAUAGGAUUAAACAUUGGACAACAUCAAAUAAGUUUAUGAAAGUCUGAUUUCUUGAAUUCCUACCUGAAAAAAGUCGUUUCUGAAAUUUUUUGCGAUUGUUUGACUCAUUUGAAAUUCUCAACGUUUUGUGUGAAUUUUACAAAAUAUUUUAUAAGAUGAGUCUUGAUUGAGAAUCUCAGCAUUAGUGCAGUUAUCUGAGUUACCCAAACCGAAUAAUAUAUUGAUCUUUCUAGUUCUGGUGAAAAUGAUAUUGAUGAAAGUGGCUAUGAGUAUGAAGAAGGUGCAAUAAAUAUGAUUAAUAUGUGUUUAACUCCCACUGAUUUUGAACGUUAUUGUAUCGGUGAUUCAUGGAUUCCAUCACCGAUGUCUCUAUUAGAGACAGAUUAUAGAGAUCAACAGCAACAAUCCCAAUAUUUACCAUCCAGAGUCACAGCAACAGUCAACACCACUGCUUCAAUACCGUUGGGGAAUACUAUGAGUGCUAACUUAGAAAUAUUGACAACUGAUAUCAAUGAUGCUGUUCAAAGAGCGUUAGAUAAUUGGAAAAUAAAUAAUAACAAUAGCUCAUCCAAUAAUGAAAUUUUAGAAUCACUUUGCGCACCAAUAAAUAAUGAUCAUCAACAGACAAAUGGAAAAUAUUAUGAUCAUAAUCAUCGGCUAACAGCAGUAAAUGAAACAUUACCAUUCAAUUAUGAAGAUUAUUUGCUGUCAAACAGAAAUAUUGCUUUGCUAGAUGAACGAGAUUAUGAGAGAAAUGAUCCAGACGACAAUAUAUUAGAAUACGAUGGUACACCACUGCGAAUAUCAGCUAUGUUACGUUGUUCUAAUCGAAAUGAAAUACGUAAUAACGAUAAUGACAUAAGUAUUGGUAACAAUGAAAGCGAUGUUACUAGAGCACAUCCGACUGUCCAUAUUCGAAAUGAGAUCCUUAAUAGUACUAACGAACAAAGUCAACCAACAGUACUUGAUCUUUCAGUAAUAACACAUUCUGAUACAGCACAGACCAUAACAGUGGAACAACCAUCAUCAAAUGUGCCCCCAGAAUCUGUUGUCGAAAAUCAUGCAUCACAGAACGCCUAUAAUGUUUAUCGCAAUUAUGAUCCAUCAACAUGCAAUAACACUUCUCAAGAACAACGACAACAAGCACGAGAAAGUCGUCACUCUCACGGUCAUCAUCGACAUCGACAUUCGAAACAUUGA